CUAACUGCUCCCUGGUCGACAUGAAGUGUCUGGUGCUCUUCGCUCUGUGCCUUCACCAGGUCCUCGGGGCUGAUCAGAACUUGGUCCAGCUGGCGCAGUCCCUUCGCCUGAACAUUCUCGUCAAGCAGCUCCAGGCUACUGGUUUGGCCGACACUUUGGCCACAGGGGGUCCGUAUACAUUGUUUGCUCCGAGUGACAAUGCCUUUGGCAAGCUUGACGGUGGCCAACUGAACGACACGGCAGCGGUAACAAAGCUGCUCAAGUACCACGUGGUUUCUGGGACCUACAAAGGUGCUGAUGUUUACAACGAGCAGAAACUGACCAGUCUUCUAGGACCGGCCAUCAGAAUUAACCGCUAUGCUCACACCAACAAAAUCUCGGCGGAAGGGGCUCCCGUGUAUCGUGCCGACGAGAUUGCCAGCAAUGGCGUCAUUUGGCUUCUUGAUACCCCCAUGUCACCACCAACAGGCAGCAUGUUAGACUACAUCAACAACGACAAGAACGGAUUGACCAUCCUGAAGAAAGCCAUUAACACAGCUGGGAUUCAGUCCGCCCUACAGGCCGAGCCUCUGACCCUCCUCGCUCCCAAUGAUGCUGCCUUCGGACGCCUGGACCCUGGAGUUCUCGACAAACUUUUGGCAGACAAAGCAAAGCUUACCCAGGUGCUUCAGUACCACGUGAUCCCGGGAGCUCUCUUCACCAGCGGUAUGCAUUCUGGCUACGUGCGGACUCUCGACCACGGAGAACAACUCCGCAUUACCUUCCAGUUCUUCGGUCUUUUUAAAUACGUAAACGACGCUCAGUUGUCAACUGAAGACGUUGAUGUCACCAAUGGCGUCAUCCACGUGAUCGACCAUCUCUUGUUGCCCCCUGAUCUCGCCAAGACCAUAUCUGCUCUCGGUUAGAUUGUAUCAGAUAAAGUCACAUUGCUAAUUGCCUAUGUAUUUUGACAUACUUAAUUACAAAUACCUGCUUGUGGCUUUCCUUCUCAAUUUUGUUUAUUCUCAUAAUAAAGUUGCCCUCUAAAGUAAACCUGUUUUCCACCUUG